AUGCAGUCUCAUGCACCGGAAGAGGCGGAGCAUACGGCUGGGCUAUGCACGCAUAGAGUGUGCAUGAAGAGAAACGGAACGAAUUUCCAUGCACCUGUGCGCAUCAUGCAAGAAACGGAACGCACCCUAAGAUUCGACUAUGAAUUCCGGCCUAAGAAUCAAGCCUGGAUAGAGCUAUUAGAUUCCUUGAAAAUCGACCCAUGGGGCCGACCAUUCAAGAUAGUAUUAAAUAAGAUUAAAGGACUUAAGGCUCCUUUAACACAAACCUUGGACAAAAAGAUAUUAAAGGUCAUUAUAACGUAUCUGUUUCCGAAUGGAAAUACAAUUACUGAUGAGGAACUAAUAAAUGUAGCCAAACAUACUAGUAACAAAAAAGCCCCUGGACCAGAUGGCAUACAUGGUUCGAUUAUAAAAAAGACUCUAAUACCUCUAUCAGGACAUUGGAAAAUAUGCAUCAAUGCAUACCUGAGGGACGGAAUUUUUCCGAAUUACUGGAAGAGUGCUAUGCUUACCUUGAUUAAAAAGCCAGGCAAACCAGAUGGUACGCCGUCAUCUUAUAGACCUAUCUGUCUAAUCAGCGAAGCUGGCAAGUAUCUAGAAAGAAUAAUUAGUAACAGAAUUAUCACUUACCUUGAAAAAGCAGGGGAGCUUUCAGACUUCCAAUAUGGUUUCCCGAAAAGAAGAUCCACAAUAGACGCUAUAGGAAGAGUCAAAAGUAUCAUAGAUGAAUACACCUCAGAGGAUAAAAUAGUAUUUAUGAGGAUUCAUGAGGCGGCUAAAAACAAAAAUCUGCCGACAUAUUUGCGCAAAAUGCUAUUCGCAUAUCUAAGUAAUAGAGUACUAACCUACUAUAAUUCUGACGGAAAGAAAAUGGAGAAAAAUUUGACAUGUGGAGUGCCACAAAGAUCUGCAUUAGGGCCGGUUCUGUGGAUAAUGGCUUUCGACAGAGUUCUAAACUUUACCGGAGGGGACACGGAUACAAAUACUGCCAAACGAAAAGCAGAAUUAGCGUUGGAUAUGGUAUACUUAGAAAUAACCAGGUUAAGAUUGAAGAUUGCGACCAAUAAGACUGAUGUGGUGGUGUUCGCCAAAAAACAGCCGCAGGAAUACGUAGGUAUAAAGGUUAGGAUUGAGAUUGCUCACUCGGUCCUAAUGUAUAGCGCUCCUAUCUGGGGAAGCAAGAUAUACAAAGACAAAAAGAUAAAGCAGGAAUUCAGAAGGCUACAGCGUUUACUCGCAGUAAAAGUAGUGGCGGGAUACCACACAAUAGCGUAUGACGCAGCAAUAACAUUGGCCAGAUUACUCCCUGCAGACAUACUGGCCAAGAAAUUGUGUAGCAUAUACAAUAGAAUACAAGCAAAUAGAAAUAUAGACAUUGAAAUUACUAUACUAGGUAAAAAGAUGAUUAGAGAAGAAGAAAACAAAACAAUAGCGGAUUGGAAAUCUAGGUUAGAAAAACUAGGACCUAAUGCUCCUGGGCGAAGGAUACGUGAGGCGAUUCUACCCAAUAUUGAACUAUGGUAUAAUAGGGGUGGUGGAGACCAGUUAACCUUCAGGUUAACGCAAGUCCUAACUGGUCAUGGUAGCUUCAGCCAUUUCUUGUUUAGAAUAAAUCGCAAUGUUUCGCCACAUUGUAGGCAUUGCGGAGCGGACAUAGACGAUGCUCACACUCUAACGUCGUGCAAUGAGUGGGAUGAGCAUUGUUCUGAAUUAAAAAGGGUAAUAGGUGAGGACUUAACCCUCCAAACAGUUAUAACGGCCAUGUUGACUAUUGAGGAUGGCUGGAGUGCCAUGAUCCGUUUCAGCGAAGCGGUAAUGUCUAGUAAAGAGGAGGAGAAGAGAGGGAGUAUGGAUCGUUCGUAUCUGGGGCUUAGCGCUCUCCCACUCCCGAGCUACCUUAAGGAUUGGCUGGUCUCCGUUACCAACACACAUAAAUAUAACAAGAUUCUUCGCUUGAAAUCCCGUUGCGGUCAGUUAAGAGGAGAAUUUGUUCUCCAAGGAUCGUUUCUUGGGGGGUUUCUACUGAUGAAAUGGCCAAAGCCAAUGCCAGAGAAACCCCUAAAACAAAUCCGAGGUAGAGUAGACGACUGGGUAAGGGUUUUAGUGGGUAGGCUACACCGGCACUGGUUGCGACUGGGAACUGGUGUAGAAUACCACACUACCUGGGAGUACGGGCUCCCGGGUGUCUUUUGA